CCGCCGCCGCCGCCGCCCGCGCUGCCGCCCGCGCUGCCGCCCGCGCACCCGCACCACCACCCGCUGCCCAGCCUGCCCUCCGGCUUCUGCUCCAGCCUGGCCCAGGGCAUGGCGCUCACCUCCACGCUCAUGGCCACGCUGCCCGGCACCUUCCCCGCCUCGCCGCAGCACCAGGAGGCCGCCAGGAAGUUCGCGCCGCCGGGCAACUUCGAGAAAGGCGAGGGGAUGCCCCCGGACGGCGGCGGCGACGACGGCAAAGCCUUCCUGGGCAAGGACGGGGCCCUCCUGCCCUUCCCCGCCGCCGACGCCGUCCAGGCUUCCCUCGCCGGGGCUCUGCGCGGCCCGGGCAAGGAGGACCCCAAGGCGGAGGAGGACGCCAAAGGCAAGGAGGAAAGUUUCUCCAUGGACAGCGACCUCGAUUACAGCUCGGACGACAACAUCCCCGGGCAGGCGGCUCACAAGGAGGAGGACUCUGGCAACGCGCUGGAGGAGAGCGCCCAGAACCCGCCCAGCUCCAGCAGCACCACGUCCACGGGCAAAAACCGGCGGAGGCGAACAGCCUUCACCAGCGAGCAGCUGCUGGAGCUGGAGAAGGAAUUCCACUGCAAAAAGUACCUGUCCCUGACCGAGAGGUCCCAGAUCGCUCACGCCCUCAAACUCAGCGAGGUGCAGGUGAAAAUCUGGUUCCAGAACAGGCGGGCCAAAUGGAAACGGGUCAAGGCGGGCAACGCCAACUCCAAGACGGGGGAGCCGUCGCGGAACCCCAAGAUCGUGGUGCCCAUCCCGGUGCACGUCAGCAGGUUCGCGAUCAGGAGUCAGCACCAGCAGCUGGAGCAAGCCCGGCCCUGAUCCCUCCCUCGUCCCGCCAGGUUUGCACGGGAAAAGUUUCCAACCCGGGGUUUGAAGGCGACCCGCCCGCGUAGAAACAAAAACGAGGGAAGCAAAACAAAAAAAACAAACAAAACAACCAAACCGGCAGCAGAAAAACCCACGGCAAAGAACUAGAACAGCACGAAAUAAGACAGGAAAAACAGAGCCCCGCGCGAGCGCGUGGCAAAUCCCCGAACUCGGGAGCGGAACUUUCCGCUGACGGCGGCUUGGGAACGGUCUGGGUUGGGAGCAGGGAUGUCCCGGCUGGCAGAGGCACACGAGCCUCCCUCCCACUCCCCACACACACACAGAGAUAUUUAUUGCGAGGCUGCCCCGCUCAGGGCGCCCUGGACGCGGAGCCGGCGCUGGAUCCCCUCCGCGGAGCAUCCCCGCGGCGCCUCUCGCCCUUCUGGGGUUUUCUUUCUUGUUCGGGGGCGAAAGGUAAAACAAAAAAAGCGACAAAAAGACCACAGAACGAACAAACAAACAAAAAAAA